AUGGAAGAGAAUGAGCCAGGGUAGCACUCGCCUUAUCCGGUUCUCUUUUUUCUGAAUGCUGUAACAUUUCAUACAAUAUCAUGCCGUAUGCAUGAGGCAGGAGAGCUCUUUCUCCUCCACAGCACCCAGUCAUGGCCAAGGUAGCCCCCUCCCUCCUCGCCAUGGGCAGCGGCGCUGCCGUCGUAGCCCAGCCGUCGGUGAAGAAAGGUACUAGUUUGUUCCGCAGUCACAUCAUCAGCAAGCGCUCCAGGAUAUCAGCUAAACUCGGAGAUGGGGAGCUGAAGUCUCCUGACAAGAAGAAGUUCAUCACCCGAGAAGAGGAGCCAGAACAGUACUGGCAGACUGCAGGGGAGAGGAAGGGUGAGAACCCAAUGAUGACACCCCUGCCCUACAUCAUCAUCUUCGGCAUGUCGACCCCCUUCGUCAUCCUCGCCAUCGCCUUUGCCAACGGCUGGAUCAAAGUCCCCAUCCGAUGAGCUCUUGUCGUCGACGGAGACGGAGCAGUGCAAUGGCAGUUGUAGAAUCAGAUAUUGGAAGUUGCCAAACACCUGUUCACUGCCUGCAUCCUUUGCAGAGAUAGCAGUAAGAGUUACCUUCAUAGAUAUAAGAAUUCUUGUUUAUAAGCAUAUUCUGAAUGAUCAUAUGGUGUAUGUAACUCAACACUUUCAAAGCUCCCAGUAUUUACCUCUUACAACAA